UAAAGCAAACAAAUACUAUAUAAAGGUGAAGCAGGUGUGUGGAAGACUGCAAAAAAGACCUCUCUAAAGAUUAGUGCAAAUGAGAAUGGAAAAUCGCCCAUUUCUCCUAUUAUUAUGUGCAGCACUUUCCUGUGCUUUUCCUGCAGAUACAAGGCAGACAAAGGAAGAAGGCCUGAAGCUUAUCCAGAAGUACCUGGAAAAUUACUAUGGCUUUAAGAAGGAUGGGGAAUCUUUUGUUUGGAAAAGUGACAGUGCAACGUCCCAAAAAUUAAAAGAAAUGCAAGAAUUCUUUGGGCUGGAGGUGACAGGGAAACUGGAUUCUGGCACUUUGGACUUGGUACAGAAACGCCGCUGUGGAUUCCCUGACAUAGCUGGGUUCUCCACCUUUGCAGGAGAGCCAAAAUGGACAAAACAAGUCCUGACAUACAGGAUAGUAAACUACACACCGGACCUGCGUCCAGCAGAUGUCAAUGCAGUGAUCAAGAAGGCGUUAAGUGUUUGGAGCAGUGUGACCCCACUGAGAUUCAUCAAGAAGGACCGAGGUGAUGCAGACAUAAUGAUCUCCUUUGCAGCCAGAGCUCACAACGACUUCAUCCCAUUUGACGGCCCAGGAGGCUCCCUUGCUCAUGCCUAUGCACCUGGCAAGGACUUUGGUGGAGAUGCUCACUUUGAUGAGGAUGAAACAUGGACCAAAAGCACAGAGGGCACGAACCUGUUUUAUGUUGCUGCCCAUGAGUUUGGCCAUUCACUGGGACUUUACCAUUCCAAAGAUCCCAAUUCUCUGAUGUAUCCAGUUUACAGGAAGUUUGACCCUUCAGUACUCCUUCUUCAUCAGGAUGAUAUUACUGGCAUACAGUACCUCUAUGGACCAUCUCCUAACACAAACAAUGAUCAAAGGGAAUCUACUGAGAUAAAAGACCCAACUGAGUCAAAAGAUCCUGUAUUGCCAAACAGCUGCAGCUCCAAUUUAACUUUUGAUGCUGUCACCACUUUCCGUGGAGAAAUAAUGUUCUUUAAAGACAAGCAUAUUUGGCGCAAACAUCCAGCAGUCAGAACAGCUGAUUUUGAUUUGAUAUCGUCAUUCUGGCCACGGCUGCCACCUGGUGUUGAUGCUGCAUAUGAAAUUUCUGAAAAAGAUGAAAUGGUCAUUUUUAAAGGGAAUGAAUUCUGGGUUGUGAGGGGAGAUACCAUACUUCCUGGAUACCCCCAAAAACUCAAAACCCUGGGUUUUUCAAAGGAUGUUACCAAAAUUGAUGCAGCUUUUCAUAAUGGAAAUGAGGGCAAAACAUAUUACUUCAUAGCGGACAAAUUUUGGAGUUAUGAUAAAAGAAGUCAGUCUAUGGAUAGGAAGCCAUUACUGAUAAGAGAUAUAUUUCCAGGAAUUAAUGGGAAGAUUGAUGCUGUUUUUCAAUAUGAAAGUUUCCUUUAUUUCUUCAGUGGAAGAAAGCAGUUUGAGUUUGAUCUUGAUAAGAAGAGAGUUGCACGCUUCCUAAAGACAAACUUUUGGUUUCCAUGUUAAGAAAAUGAAAUCUGUAAGAAAGAAUGUACUGUUUCUGUGCCAGAAAAGCUUUUUCUUUUAUAAAUAUAUAGAAUAUGCAGGUACUUCAGCACUAGUCAGCAGACGUCAGUCCCCACACAAUCUGUGUUUCUUUAAAUACCAGAACAGUAUUUAACAUACUGAUAUGUACAUAAGCAUGUAGUUAACAUCAGGCUGUCUAGCUUACCAAACGACAAUGAAGUUUUUACUUUUGAUACAAAAUUGUGAUUGAUUUUAUUAUUUCCACCAUCUUCUUUUCACUCUUCUUGCUGUACAUCACCCUACACAGAGCCCUGCCAUGGAGCCAGGAGUCCAUGAGGAGGAGCAUUUCUCUUCCUAAAGCUAGGAUUGCUUUCAACCGCUUCUAGACAUUUCAAAGUUAACCAAAAAGAUUUACCUAGUGCUUAUAGUUACAGUGAGACAUACAGGAGUUCCAGAGAGCAAUCCCUCCCAGCCUGAAGUGGGUGCUGAAAGGUUGAGGUGCUUC